AACUUCUGUGGUUUUGCGCUGGAUCGAUGGCACUUGACCAAGUUUUGCAACAGUUUCUUGUGCGCUCAUUAAUUCUUAUUUUUCUAACGAAUUUACAAUCCAGCAAAGGCAGAUGCUCGUACAGAAUUUGUUGACCAGCCGCAGCAAUAAAUCAGUUUUGCGGUCAUGCUGAGGUUUUUGCAGUUUGCAAAACGUGAUAAUUUUUAUCUUUUUAAUUUUAUCGUUCAGCUACUCGUAAUAAUGUAGCAAUGCAGUCAAACUUGACUCAUUGUGGCUGGCCGGAGCGGGACUUGGUUUAUAUUUUCAGCCAGCCCGGCUUUAAAUACACUGAUCUGGUUCUGCGUCCAGUUUGGCUGUUUAUCUGCACAACCGGCAAUAUCAUCAACAUCAUUCUCCUGAGGAAAAUCAGAACAUACCAGGCGACAUUUCUGGUUGCAGUGGCCGCUUUCGACAUGAUAUUCAUGUGGACAUCGCUUGCGCUGUGCAUUAUUGAUCAAGAAGACGGAGCCAGCAACACCAAAAAUCCAUCCAUUUGGGCGUUUUCGUUAACGUGCGAGUUUUUCGGGAAUGUUGCUGUACGAUGCUCCGACUGGGUCCUUAUUGCGUUCAGUGUAACACGAUUACUGAGCAUAACCGAUCCGUUCGGCGUGGCGAUGAGUUUCACGAAAUGCCGAAUGCGCAUCCUUAUUCUGUGCUUUCUCCCGAUUGCGACAGCCAGUCACAUAUUCUCGACAGUGGAAUACGCCAGCCAAGAUAGCAAAAUGGCCAACGGCACCUGGAUGAGGAAUUGGCGCCACGUUGAAGAUACCGACGCUAAGUUAGCCGCACCGCUGUCAGUGUUAGUCGCUCUGCCGCUGAUUAACGUCAUUGUCAUCGGAAUCCUGAUCAAACGACGAAUGCUGACAACGUCGGACAGAGGUUAGCGUGUGGGCGCUACAAGUGGCCGUCGCUGGGUGCUGCACAUCCAGACGAAGAAAGGUCAGGUGACGGUGCGCUCCCACGGACGCGACAAGCGGACGACGACGGCCGUGCGUCUGUUAACAGCCUCCGUCAUCAUGUAUCUCGUUUCCCGCAUCCCCUGGGUCACGUGGCAAGCGGUUGAGCACGCGGAGAAGAACUGCCUGGUCCAUUUGACCGAUGAUCAAAGCGUGAUAUUCCUGCCGUUUGUCUACCAGUUCUUAUACGCCAACUACUCCAUUAAUAACUUUCUGAUUUAUUGCGGCGUUAGUCGCAAGUUUUUCGCCCGAACGAUCUGGAUGCUACGCCACUGCCGAUACCCACAGUCAACCCGCCUAAAUAAGCAUUUCGAAAACGGCACGUCGAAGAAGGCAGAAGGGACGUCUGCGGCGGUGAUUGGUGCGCAGCUGGAAAGGGCGGUGCAGGUACAGGCACGGCGGGAAUCGGAGCAGCCGAUUAUUGACGAUGAUUUACUAUCCGUUUCUGAUCGCACCACUGAAACGACCGAUUCUACCUCCGUCGAUCAUGAAGAGCAGCCGAUAAAGCCCCACGAACCGCGAGGUGGCGCAGUGGGCUAUCAGAAUGCGAACUGUGAUUUCGUCAACGAAGAGCCGACGCAAAAGCAGGAGAGGGAUUCAGUCGCUGACCGGAGCGUCGAGGAAAGGGACAGACACUUUCAGCCUGCGGUAAAAUCGGUUUAUUCAAGAGAAAGUGAAGUGAAGAACGAGAUUACUAAGAACAGCAUCAAUCCGGGGAACCAGCGAUGGUGACCUUUGAAAAGAUGUAUGGACAGUAGCUGGUUAACUGGGCAGAUAUCUUCCCUGCAUCCGCAAUCAAUCUGGUUGUACAUAAUUAUGUUACCGUAGUUUCGGUAGUUGUAAGUACUUUACGACCGAGCAUAUUUAAGCAGAUGAGUGUUGUCUAAGCGGUUCACCAUGGGUCCAUGUGUGACUACCAGCGCAUCCGUGUAGCAUGACUAGACUCAUUAUCGGAA